GAAACUAAUGAAACUUGUUGAUUUUCUCGUAUUGUAUUUAGUAACUCAUGCUUAUUUUUGAAUUACAUAAUAUUUCAUUAUAGCUAAUCGAAAAUGAUGAUGAUAGGUCAUACCUGACCAUCUCAUUUGAUUCGUUCCACGCAUAACUUGCACGCUGGCACCAUAUAUCUGGUGCUUGACUUUACUCAUGCGCGUAAGCCUACUAUGCGCGUAACCGGCAUUACGACAUUAUUGAAAACGUAACUCGGUCGCCCCACUGCGACCACUGGCACAUCUUUAGGGGCUGAAACACUACCAUUGACAAUCGAGCCGCGAUGAGCGCCGCGCGAUGCUACACCGUGAUGCCGGGCCCGAAGCCCCUGCCCAUACUCGGUAACUCUUGGCGAUUCGCGCUAGGCUGGAAACCGUGGAAAACAAAAACGCUAGACAUAACGCUGUGGUUUCUAAGAGCGCUUGCCGGUUCAGGAGGAGCUGCCAAAGUGGCCAAAUUGUUUGGACAUCCAGAUUUAGUGUUCCCAUUUUGUGCUGAUGAAACAGCGAGGAUCUAUAGGCGUGAAGACUCAAUGCCUCACAGGGCGGUCGCGCCUUGUCUACGACAUUACAAACAAGAAUUGAGGAAGGAAUUCUUCGGCGCAGAACCCGGAUUAAUCGGCGUACACGGCGAGCCUUGGUCUAGAUUCAGGUCGAAGGUGUCAAAAGCUUUGAUAGCUCCAGAGGCGGCCAGGGCUGCGGUACCCGAAUUGGAAUAUGUGACAGAUGAUUUUGUAGACAGAAUAGAGCGCAUUCUCAACGCCGAUAGAGAGCUGCCCAAAGAUUUUCUCACCGAGCUCUACAAAUGGGCUCUCGAAUCUGUGGGUGCAUGGGCGUUGGGCACAAGACUGGGCUGCCUCACAAACGACACAGAGGCAAAGGUCAUCAUAAAAUGCAUCCACGGAUUCUUUCAUAGCGUACCGGAGUUGGAACUAUCGGCACCUCUAUGGAGAUUGUAUUCAACGCCCGCCUACAAAACAUACGUUGACGCGCUCGAUACCUUCAGAUCAGUCUGCUUGAAAAGACUGACUGACAAGGGUGUUUGCGCGCAAAUAGCAAAUAGUUCUGGUAAAAAGGUUGCAACGAUACUAGCAUUAGAUUUAUUACUCGUCGGUGUGGAUACUACUGCUGCUGCAGCUGCCAGUACGAUGUACUUGUUGGCGAAUACUGAGAGGGCACAAAAAUGUUUGCAAAGCGAGUUGGACGCUAAGCUGCCUACAGGUCGACGAAUGACUAGUAAAGAUUUAGAUCAACUUCCAUACUUAAAGGCUUGUAUCAAGGAGGCCUUGCGAAUAAAACCGGUCAUACUUGGCAAUGGCAGGUGCAUUCAAUCUGAUACGGUGAUAUCAGGCUACGAGGUACCAAAAGGGUCACACGUGGUGUUCCCCCAUUACAUACUAUCAAACGAGGAGAGAUACUUCCCAUCACCUCAAGAAUACGUACCAGAACGUUGGUUAAGAGACGAAAUGUCUGGGGAACAUCAGUGCCCUGUUAGAGCCGAUAAAGACAGUAAUAGCUUUGAAGAUGAGAUUUCGGCUCGCGACAUGAACGCGAUGGCUGUGUGCCACAAGCAGAAGGAAAUGGGCAUCCAUCCGUUCGCUUCGCUCCCCUUCGGCUUCGGGAGGCGUAUGUGCAUCGGAAAGAGGUUCGCGGAGGUUGAACUGCAGCUUUUAUUAGCAAAGAUAUUCCAUCGGUACAACGUAUCAUGGCGAUACGGGGAGCUGACAUACAGUGUGACGCCCACUUAUGUCCCGAACGAACCUUUGCAAUUCACUAUGAAUGCAAGAAACAAUCAAUAAUUCGAUAAUUGGCUGGUGCCAGGCGUGUCAGUUCACGUAUAGGUCGUGGGAGUUAAUUUUACCAAAGAAUAGUUUGACUGAAAUUGCAAUAAAUGAUAUUUUCAAUUUCUUAUGUAUAUUCGGUUAUUGUAGGCGUUUAUUGACUGAAUUUUGACGUUUGAAAUAACUAGUAAAUACUAUACCUAUAAUUAAGAUAUAAUGUAAUCGAUUACGUACUAAUUAGUUAAUUUUAGGAUACGAUUCUAAAGCUAGUAGAAGAUGAAGUUGUAACUGUAAGCCUUUUUUAUGUAGGCAAAUGACACGAGACUUGAUUUUACUUCUAUUAUGUUUAAAACACUAACAGCGGUACCAAAA